AUGUCUGAAAUUUUAGAAAAUUUCGAGGCGAAAGCCAAGUUUCAAGGCGAAAGCGAAGCCGAAUUGAUACGAAACAAACUGGAAACACUCAUCAGCAACAUCUUGGCAGAUGUAGGAAAACGUGAUCCAAGAUUUCAGAACACUUUGGUCAAAAGCGGAAGUGUCUACGAAGAAACGAAAGUUUGCCAGCCGAAUGAAUUCGACUUCAUGGUAAAGAUAACCCCUCUUACAGACAAACCAUUAAUCAAGCAGAGCUCCUGUGCGAAGACUGACGGCUACGUGAAGCUAUUUCUCGAGGAAGAUCACUGGAAAGACUUCAGAGAUAGAAAAGGUUGCUUCAGUCCAUACUUGCUUUCCCGACACUUUAAAAAACUCAUCAUGGAAUCAAUAGAUAACGUGGAAACUCCUGAAGGCUUGAGCAUCUACAGAGCUCCCCAGGACGAGUCGGAGGGACGUUUGUGGCUCCUUUAUCGUGGAAUACUAUGUGACAAUGGCAAGGAAAAUUCAUCUGGUGUCACAUACUCCGAAACGCAUGGGCCAUCGACGACGCUUGAUAUUCACUGGAAAGGGGGUACAACUUAUAACAACUUGAAAGUGAAUGUCGACUUGACACCAGCUCUGGACUUCCCCAUAUCCAAACUUCCCGUUCAGCUCUUAACUGAUCUACGCCCCGAAGUGCAGCAAAAGAUACAAGGGAUUCUCCAGAAGACUGGAUUCCAUGUUGUUCCUGCUGGGUUUGACGAGUGGCGCAUCUCGUUUUCUGUGGCCGAGAAAGAAAUUCUGGCCACUUCUCCUGACGGUUUCAAAGCAUGUUACAAAGUCCUGAAAGUCUUACGAGAUGAUGUGUCUAUGAGGCUGGGAUUGAGAGACUCCUUAGUACCAUCGUACAUGUUUAAGACUGUCCUUCUGUCCCAGUUGUUUACCAAAGAUGGCCAUGCCUGGGAGAAGGAGUUUCGAUCUCAAACGAUCAUCGAUGUUUUAGAGUUCAUUUUGCAAGGAAUAAAGCAAGAAAACCUUCGAAAUUUCUUCAUGCCCUCAUCUCUGCUACUAUCCAAGGCACAUGAUAACGAAUUGCGGAGAUGUCUCUUAGAAGACAUUCUGAACGAAGUGAAGGGUUCCAAAUUGGCCCACUCACCGAUGGACGUUGAAGAGAAAAAACAACAGGUGAAGAUUUUGCAACUAAUUGAGCUGUUGGAGUACAUAUUUUCUUGCCUUAAAGGUGGAAAGAAUCCAAUUAAUGUUUGGAAAAUGAUGUUUGCCAAUAUUAGCAGCGUUCCUGGAUCUCGCACCUCUUCAGAAAAAUUCGACGUCAGUUGGAUCGAUAUUCUUGACGUGACCGUCAAAGAACUUUGCCCAGACGCCUACAAGAAUUUAAAGAAGAUAUCGGACAUUUUGAAAGACUUAGUACCGCGUUUCCUUAACAGUCUUCAAGGUGAGGAGGAAAGGCAAUUGGCUCAAAAGUACUAUUUCUUUCUCUUAGAGAAAAGGAAGAAAUUCGAAGCUAAGCAGCCACACCAGUCUAAAGAGGAAGUCCGACAGAUAGGCAUUUGUGAAUUUGUGAGCGACUGGAUUUUAGUACACAUUGUUAAAAAAUACUUGGAGGAAGAUAAUACGACUUUGUCAAAUACACCCAAAAUACUUCCUCCUGAAUUCUGUCUGCCAGAAGACAGUCAUUUUCGUGCAAUUGCAGACAUAACCAUGGAAAAAGGCAGCAAGGAAGGCCUGGCUCUCUUCGAGAAAGUUCUCAACAAGUACCUAUCAGGGAUUCCCCGCGAAAUCGUAAUGAUCUUCUUUGUUUAUUUUAUCAAGGAAACGUUCUUACAUGCAAAGGAAGCACUGAAACUCAAACUUGAUCACAUCACUAUUCCAGAGCUAGAUUUGGACUGAGCUGAUGUUAUUAAAAUAUCUCUUCCCUCGGCAAGGGACAAGGUAGUGCUGAAGAAAAAUCCGUGUGUUCUAAUUGCUUCUUACUUGGUCCGUAUUUUUCCAUACGGGCCGUUUCCACAGAAACGGUCAUAAGCCGUGUGCGGUUAGUCUGCCUAUUACACUCUAUAUAUUUACGCAAAUUUAUAAUCUUUUAAUCGUAAUUUUCUAAAUUACGGCCCAAAUAUUUCCAAACAAUUUACUGAAUUUAGGUAAUUCGGCUACCUAUGACUUCUGCCUAGCAAUGGCUGAUAUGGACAAGCUUGAGCAAAGACGUACCCUGCAAUCGCUUAUCUUAUUUUUUAAAUGUUUUAAACUAGAUGGCCCAAAUUAUAUUUCCUUAUUUUUUACACCUCGGCUAACUAAAUACAAUCUACGAGACAGUGGAUUAAAUGUUGUGCAGCCUCCAUAUAACAGUCUUGUCAUGCACAACUCUUAUUUAAACAUGAUUGCCCACAUAUGGAAUCAAUUACCAACUGUAACCAAAUCCUCGAGCACUUUAGCGCAAUUUCGUGCUCGCCUUAUUAAAUAAUGUCAAUUUCACAGGGUGCCAAUGUAUGAACUGUAUAUAACUUUAUCUAUUUUUACAUUUUUACAUACUCUUGGGCUAGUUUAUAUACAUAUAUUAUUAUACUGAUAUAAUUAUAUUUUUUUAAUAUUUUAAUCAGUUAAUAACGAUUAUUCCGUUUUAAACUAUUUUAAUGCAUGUUCUUAGGGUUUUUUUAGUGUAAAAAAAAACAGUCUUUUAUCAAAGAAUUUUAAAAGGUUUUAAUGCUACAAAAAUCCAAAAAGAAUUAUAAACAUAUAAUUAUUAUAUGAAUUAUAUGUAUUAUUAUAUAUUAUUAUAUGAAUUAUAUGUAAAUUCACUUUUUAUCCUGUUUUGUAUUUUUUAGUUUGUCGAGCGUUUUUAACAUGAGCCUCUGGCUCGGAAGAUUGUGUAAACACUUCCCACGUGUUUGACAUUAAAUAAAGCAUUCAUUCAUUCAUUCAAUUUACAGUGCUUUGUCUCACUACAUCUGUCUUGAAGUAAUUGUCGUUAGGCUAUACGCAAGCAUUUCUCCCUCCAGACGUGAGGAUGCAACAAAAUUGCUGCAGUCGUAGAUAAAUUGUAGUAUGUUUUUAGAAAAUGAGCGCUUUUAAUGGCCUUUUUUGAAGGUUUACGACUGUUCAUCUGUUGUCACGACACACUGCAUCAUGUACUAGGCUGACCACACGUUUGUUUGUUUGUGGUCAUUAGACUUUUGAUUUUGUUUUCUGCUUGAUAAAGGGAGGAGGAUCCAGCAAAUCUGGAAAGAGUUUAAAGGGUGUGCCUCAAAAAAGAACAUUUUUGCUUCCCCAGAAUCAAUGCUCAUUAGGAAAGGGUUAAGCCUCUGAGUUAGAGGACAGUGCUGCGACUUGUCAUAGAUAUCCCGGUUCACUGAGACCUUUGAAAUUUCAAUAUUUACAACUUUUGUAUCUAAGGACUGUAUAUACCGUAUUUAUUCGAUUAAUUAACCGCCUUGGGCGCUUAUUAAAUUUUUGGACCUUGACAGUGGGCGCUUAUUCGCGGUGGACGCUUAUUAAAUUUUCACCAUUUUCAGCAAGUGUAGUAUGUUUAUUUUGCAACAAAACAAUAACUGGUAAUAAAAAAUGCGAAUGUGGAACAAGGCAAGGUUUCUGUACAAUACUCUGAAGAAAACUCCUUCUUCGGGAAAGUCUCUUAUUAGUACUUAUUCAAUUUUUUUAAGGGGGGGUGGGAGGGGGAAGGGGGCUGAGGUGGGGGUGGGCGCUUAUUUGAAGGGGAUUAGGUGGGGGUGGGCGCUUAUUAACUUUUUCUGCCUAUAGGAUGGGCACUUAUUCGAGGUGGGGGCUAAUUCGAGGUUGGGCGCUUAUUCGAAUAAAUACGGUAUGCCACAUGAGGGGGCGGUGGGAUUUUCGGUUUUUCGGUUUUUCGGUUUUGGUGUCCGUUGCCGUUUCCGGGUUUUCAGCUUUUUAACAUCUGGUUUUCGGUUUUUGGCAAAAAAUACAAGCGGUUUUUCGGUUUCGGGUAAUUUUUUGAGCGGUUUAUCGGUUUUUCAUUGACCACAACCCCCCGGACAAAACCCUCCUCAUCUAUAAUACGUCAAACAAAGAUGACGUGGCUUUCAGUGUCUUGAUUGUCUCAAGAAGAACAACGAUGGUGGAUUGUUCGGCGGAAAAAAGUUUUGAUCACGGCCACACAGUAAGAGGUCGGUGUACCAGAUUAAAAAAUAGAGAUCAUAAAUUUUCUGUUUAGUUUAAUUUUCGAACUAGAUCAGCGUGGAGCACAUCGUAAUUAGCUGCGGAUAAGAUGGGAUCAGCAUUAAAACCACCCACUUCUGGCGAAUAUUAAAAAAAAAUGUGAUACAUUCUUACUGAUUAACCGACGAUUAUUUUUGAAAAACGAAAGAAAAGUAGUCCAAAUAUCUGUACGAGUCUUAGAAGGGCUGGUAUAUCCAAAAGCGCAUCUUUUUCUGUUGAAAGCAAGCUAAAAUAAUAUUUUAGCAGGCGUCCUUUUUUUCUUCUUGUUCACCUGCCUGGUUUUUAUCCCAAAGUAAAUAGUUGAGUCGAUUAAAUCACCGGAUGAAUGAGCGCUCUUGGUUCGAGGACCCCGACUUGUGUGAGGGUUUUUUUGGGGGGCGUGUGGGGGGGGGGACGCGCCAUUUUGCGCGAAGCGCGAGACGAGUGAAGGGACCCCUCGCCUCGUCUUGCGCUUCGCACUCGUUUCGCGCCUCGCCUAAAAUACCACGUUCGCCUCGCUUGGCUCAUUAAACGGCUUGGCUCAUUCUAUACUGAAAUGUUUCAGCAAGCGUCACCACCAGCCAAAGCCGGUUCAGAAGUAUUAAGUGUAGAUUAGUUUCUAGUUUCAAGCUGCCCUUGUCGUUACUUUAGCGAGGCUUGGUCGAAGCCGCUGCUGGGCUGCGUAGGACGUUGAGUUCUCUUAAAACCUCUGGUACUCUGGCUAACUGCCCCAUAUUCGGCUCUGAAUCUUUUACUUCGAUUCAAGAGAAGGAAUUAAAAAAACCGGCUGUGUUUAUAACUCGUUAA